AUGACACUUAACUUUCUUAGAAAUAAGAAGCAGGGAAAUCCGGCUGGAAAAGGUCCUCACGUACCUUCAAACAAUAUUGGCCGCUACGAACAAGAUCAGCAACAACAGAUCAAAAGCGAGUCCCAGAGAUAUGAGGAGAUUAUUUCAACCCUUCCUAAGGAAUCUGCAUGGUUGGGUGAGCAUUACAAGAUUGAAGGGUUUUGGUAUGAUCCUCUUUGGGCAGUCGGAGUAUUUUGGGCACAGGAAAACUUCCAGGCACGCUCUAGUGAUGCUCUCAUGUUUGCCAUCCAGAAAAGAAAUCAUCAUUGCAUCAAUGAUUCAACUCACCCUUUGGUCUCUACAAACCCUCAUAAGUGCGUGCCCUAUUUAGAGCUACAAGCUCAUGAAGAUGACCCAGUUACAUACCUGAAUUCUCUUCCCUCACCUAGGCUGCUUGGCACACAUGUCUCUUACACCUCAUUGCCAAAAUCCAUCAUAAAUUCAGGUUCUAGGAUUGUGUGCAUUUAUCGGGAAUGGAAAGAUGUUUUAGUGUCCUUGUGGAAGUUUAUCAAUAAAAUAAGAUCUGCAAGGAGCAUGCUACCCUUGCCUCUGGAAGAAGGGUUUGAGUUUUUCUGUAAAGGAGUUUCUCUUUCAGGACCCUUUUGGGAGUACAAUUUGGAGUACUGGAAUGUAAGUUUAGAACGUCCGAAUAAUGUGUUUUUUCUCAAGUAUGAGGAUUUGAAGAAGGAUACUCCUUUUUAUGUGAAGAAGCUGGCAGAUUUUAUGGAAUGUCCUUUUCCGGAGGAUGAAAAAAGUGAAGGUGUUGUGGAUGACAUAAUAAAGCUAUGUAGUCUUGAGAAUUUGAGCAAUCUGGAGGUGAAUAAAACUGGAACAUUUCAUUUGGGCUCCCAAGUCGUUUCAAAGGUGGGCAACGAUGUGUUCUUCCGGCGAGGUAACGUUGGAGAUUCGAAGACUUGUUUGACGCCUAAGAUGAUUAAGCAGCUUGAUGAAAUUACAGUGGCAAAGUUCAUUAAGGGUCUGGACUGA